CUAAGUCAAUCUUUUCUUGCAUUUUUAUCGAAAAAAGCUUUUCUUGCUUUUCAUUUUCCCCUUGCUAGUUCAAAUAGAGUAUCUCAAAAAUCUAAGGUGCUCUGUUUUGCCUUUCAAUUCGCUGAUUAAGAACUAGUGAUUUUCUCUAUAUGGAUGUUGUACCUCACUGCACUUGUACCCAAAAUCAAUCCGGUUCGGAUCCAUGCCACAUAUGCGGCGGUUCAACCUACUCGCCGAUCAUGGAAAUAGUAGAAUAUAAAGCGACUCGGGUUCCUGAUUGCGUUCCUAGGUUGGUGACUGGUGCCAUCUCUGGAGCUCUCACGGGGCUUUUUGCUCUGGUUGGAGGUUUCACAGGAGCUAUUACUGGUGCUUUAGCUGGCUGCUCUUCUGAUUGUGGUGUACUUCGUGGGGCUGGAGUAGGGGCCGUUGAAGGUGCUGUGCUUUCUGUUGACGUUUUGGAGGCUUCUCACGCUUACCGGUCUUUGGAACAAUCUGGUUCACGGGGUCAUCCGUCUAUGGUGGCAGAUUUUGUCCAAGAGCUUUUCCGUGGCAGCUUUGUAGAUGACCUGUUAUCACCACCAGUGCUAACUGCUUACCGUUUGCCGGUAAACAUUGCUAAUAUAAGUGACGACGACGAUGAUGAUGAUGAUGAUGAUGAUGAUGGUGAUGUUGAUGAUGAAGAAGAAAGAGAAGCAGAAGAAGAAGAAGUAGAAACCAGAGGAUUGUCAGGAGAUUCACUGAAGAAGUUGCCAUGUCAUACCGUGGAUGAAAUCAAGGCAAAACAGACCAUCUGCUGUACAAUAUGCAUGCAGGAUAUUGGAAAAGGGGAAAUGGCAAGGAGUUUACCCCGUUGCCAACACACAUUCCACUUGGCCUGUGUGGACAAGUGGCUUGUACAACAUGGAUCAUGCCCCAUAUGCAGGCAGAAUGUGUAGAGGAGCAUUUAGACCAAGCUGUUAUAAAUGUAUAUAUUUUCACUGCAACAUAUAGUGUUUGUGAUUAAACUGCUAGGUGAUACACACACACUAUAUUUACGUAAUUAUAUUGGUGUUGGUAGCAUACUGUUUUUAAAGCAUUCUUAUCGUAUAAUCACUGAUAGGACAGAUUUAUAGUUCCAUUGUGCACAUUUUAUAAGAUGAUUAGGAUAUUUUUCAGAA